UUGAACAUCUCUCCGCCCAUCAGAGAGGAUCAUAUCAGUGUGUGGCGCACGGAGCGCAGCGUGGACUUGGAGAUGUCUUGGCAGCUUUACGCACGACGACGACACGAUAAACGCUGAAAGCCUCCUUCAGAAGGACGGGACACUUUGAAGCUGAACCGGACUCACUUUCAACUUUUGAUUUGUUGCUUCUUUCGCAGCCUCCUCAAGACGUUUGUCUCAUCUUUCCCUCACUGAAACUCGGAUUUCCCCCUUCACAUCAGCAGCAGCAGCAGCAGAAGCAGUAGUGAGUCUCUGGAUGACUCCCCUUCCUCUUAUCCUCGGGUCACGCUGACUAUAGAGGAAUGGAAACGAUGUAAUCUAAGCUUUGGGGGGAGAAAACAAACUCUACAGAGCAACACUUUUUUUUUUUUUUUUUAAGAGAUCCCAAAAAGAGAGGAUGAUCCCACCGGCCAACAUGAUUCAGGACGAAAGUGGGGGCAAGGAGGACGAACUGGACCAGAAUGAAACACCAAAAUCAUCAUCAGCAAACACCAGCCAGCAGGAAACCAAGAAUACUGUGAGGCCUGAACAUCACAAGCGCAAGCUGCAGAGACUCAAGCGCUCCUUGUCCUUCAAGACCAAGAGCAUCCGCAGCAAGAGCGCAGACAACUUCUUCCGAACCAGCAGCGACAACAAGACGGAGCUGCUGUCAGACGUGAGCAGCAGCACGGGCCAUCUCUGCAACAUCGGGAUGGCCCCGCCGCACAACACCAACCACCCUCCGGUCCCUCCAGCCAUCCCCUCCGCUCCUCCUCCCACGUCGCGCUCCCAGUCACGCAACCCGCUGCAGGUGGACUCGGCAGGACACUGCUUCAUGGAGCACAUCUUCAAGAAGCCCACUUUCUGUGACGUCUGCAACCACAUGAUCGUAGGUACAACAGCCAAGCAUGUGGUGUUCCUGGCGGGAAACACGGCAAAGCACGGCCUCCGCUGCAAAGCCUGCAAGAUGAGCCUCCACCACAAAUGUGAGAAUGGAGUGGGACAGCAGCGCUGCAUGGGCAAACUGCCAAAAGGCUUUCGGCGGUACUACAGUUCUCCAUUACUCAUCCAGGAACAGUACGGCUGCAUCAAAGAAGUCAUGCCAAUCGCCUGUGGCAACAAGGUGGACCCUGUGUAUGAGGCCUUGAGGUUUGGGACGUCGCUGGCACAGAAGGCCAAGAGGGCCAGUGGCUCUGAGUCUCCACACAGAAACUCGACCAGUGACUUGGAUCAGGUUCCAGAGGAAGUGGUGGCUCACAGCAGUAGGCAGGAGCUGUCGAGAAAGCACAGCGACGAUGUUUUCACAGUCGUUGAGAACGGGACAGAGCAUUACCUCCAGCCAGAGAGAAAACCUGACGAUUUGACAUUGGAGCAGAGCCAGCUACAGAAAGAUGAACUUAAGCUCAACACCUAUGUGGCCUUGUUCAGCUUCACCCCCCAAGACAGCAAUGACCUGGACAUGAGAGCGGGAGACCGAAUCUUAUUGGCUGACGACUCCAAUGAGGAUUGGUGGAAGGGGGUAAUUGAGGACAGGAUCGGUUUCUUCCCAGCAGCCUUUGCUCAUCAGCUGCGGGAUGAGGACCAAGUGUUCAGAUGUAAUAGGACGUUCAUCGGCUGUAAGGAACAAGGCCAGAUCACCCUGAAGGAGGGACAGAUCUGUGUGAGCAGCGAGGGUGAACACAGCGGCUUCAUCAGAGUGGCGAGUGGAAAGAAGAGAGGCUUCGUGCCCUGUGACGUUCUGGAAAUCAUCUGAGACAAACACUCAGAGAAAUGAAGAGAGAGAGAGAGAGAGAGGGAAGGUAGGAUCAGCCACCUGGAGGUCAGAGGAGGAUGAAACUGAACCUGCAAAAUGGCUACAGAAACUAGUGAGGGAGUUUGCCUCAACGGAAAUUUGGACGCGAAAGUGAUGAUAGAUUUGUCAGUGAGGACUCCACUUUUUGCAGGUCAGUCUCUGUAUCUUCUUCUUCGCUCCCUCUCAGCACAGAGAGAGAUGCUGAGACGACAGACUGUUUGUUGUUUGCAGGGAGACAGGAGAUUUCACUGGAUUUGAUUUAAUUUAUCGAGCCGAUGUGUGUGUUUCUUUUCCUCUUAGUUUUAUUCUGCUACGAGCUGUUUAUUUUUUGAUAUGGAAGAAAAGGCAACAAACACUUACUAUAAUGAUUAUUUUUUCAAGGUUUCAGCACAUGCAAUGGCAUCCCUCUUACUUACAAAUAGUUUACUUUCUCAUGCUUUUACAUUAUGUUCAAAGCAAAAGUUGAGCUUUUAAUGCAAACUAGUUUACAAUAGACUCCGAAAUGUCUGAUUAUUAUUAUUGGAUGACUAAAUCCUUGAUGUCAGAAGGUGAUGGAAACAUUGGAUCAGAAUAAACAACAUAUACAAUAAAGUGAAAACCUUUACUUUC